CGUGACCGUUCAAGCCCAGAAUCUUGCGGCAUCCAAAGGCUCUAGGAAGAAUAUGGAGGGAAGCAACAGAGCCGUCGGAUCUCACUCUUCUCUCUCACUCUUCGCUCUCACUUGCGUAUAUAAACCUCUGUAGUGUUCAUCUUCUCCGCUCAAAUCUCUCAUUUCAACCUUGUUUCUUUACCAGAUCUCACAUUUUCUUGGUCAAAGUCACUGGAAAGUGAAAAAUGAGAGAGAUCCUUCACGUUCAGGGCGGUCAAUGUGGCAACCAGAUUGGCUCCAAAUUCUGGGAGGUUGUGUGCGAUGAGCACGGCAUAGAUCCAACUGGUAGGUACGUCGGUACUAAGGAUGUGCAGCUAGAGCGUGUCAAUGUCUACUACAACGAAGCAUCGUGUGGGCGGUUUGUUCCUCGUGCUGUGCUCAUGGACUUGGAACCUGGGACCAUGGACAGUGUUCGCACUGGUCCGUAUGGCCAGAUCUUCAGGCCUGAUAACUUUGUUUUCGGACAGUCUGGUGCUGGUAACAACUGGGCAAAAGGACACUACACUGAAGGUGCAGAGCUUAUUGAUGCCGUUCUUGAUGUUGUGAGAAAGGAGGCUGAGAACUGUGACUGUCUUCAAGGUUUUCAAGUUUGCCACUCCUUGGGUGGAGGAACUGGUUCUGGAAUGGGAACCUUGUUGAUCUCGAAGAUUAGGGAGGAGUACCCUGACAGGAUGAUGCUUACAUUCUCUGUCUUCCCUUCACCAAAGGUGUCUGAUACAGUUGUUGAGCCAUACAAUGCUACCCUUUCUGUGCAUCAGCUUGUGGAGAAUGCAGAUGAGUGCAUGGUGUUGGAUAAUGAAGCUUUAUAUGAUAUCUGCUUCAGGACUCUCAAGUUGACUACUCCUAGUUUUGGUGACCUGAACCACUUGAUCUCUGCAACCAUGAGUGGGGUAACUUGCUGCCUUCGCUUCCCUGGUCAACUCAACUCUGACCUCCGAAAACUUGCUGUCAACUUGAUCCCAUUUCCUCGUCUCCACUUCUUCAUGGUUGGAUUUGCGCCUCUGACCUCCCGUGGAUCCCAGCAAUACCGAGCUCUAACAGUCCCAGAAUUGACCCAGCAGAUGUGGGAUUCCAAGAACAUGAUGUGCGCUGCUGAUCCCAGGCAUGGUCGGUACCUCACUGCCUCAGCCAUGUUCAGGGGCAAGAUGAGCACUAAAGAGGUGGAUGAACAAAUGAUCAAUGUUCAGAACAAGAACUCUUCCUACUUUGUUGAGUGGAUACCAAACAAUGUGAAAUCAAGUGUUUGUGACAUUCCGCCCAGAGGGCUAUCCAUGGCAUCCACAUUCAUCGGGAAUUCGACCUCCAUCCAGGAAAUGUUUAGGCGUGUGAGCGAACAAUUUACUGCCAUGUUCAGGAGGAAGGCCUUCUUGCACUGGUACACUGGCGAAGGAAUGGAUGAAAUGGAAUUCACUGAAGCAGAGAGCAACAUGAAUGAUCUCGUCUCUGAGUAUCAGCAAUACCAGGAUGCGACUGCCGACGAGGAAGGUGAAUACGAGGACGAGGAGGAAGUGAUGGAGGAUAUGUGAAUGUAGAGGUAAAACCUAAAUUAGAGUGUGGAUAUGUGGAUAUGUGGAUAUGUGGAUAUGUGGAUGAGAGAUCUUUGUGUGUUACUUUGUGUAUUGAGGGAAGAUGAUGAGUCUUAAAACCACACUUGUCUUUGUCCAAGUUCAAUUUUAUUGGUGGGGGGAAAGUUUAUGCUACCAAGUAGAUAUUAUUGAAAGGUGGAGUGAUUGUUUGCAAGUAGUCAUGUGACAUUUCCAUGCCUUGUUGUUCUGUUCUGGAUCGGUCGAUUGAUUUGUGUUCAAUUGUUCAAUUUUCUGUUCUAUCUGUCUAGUAAA